AAAGCAGAGCUGGCCGAGUCCUUCCAGUCCUUGCUGACGUACGGGGUCUCCCUCGUCCGGAGGUACCGCAUCAUUUUCCCCCUCUCUAUCCCGAGGUCCACCGAGAGGCUCCAGUCCCUGCUGCGCGUCCUGGUCCAGAUGUGCAAAAUGAAAGCUUUCCACGAGCUGUGCACACCCAGCCCUGACCUUCCCCAGAUGGUCUCCACAGCGCUGAAGUCAGGCACGACGGAGUGGUUUCACAUGAAGAAGCAGCACCUCAAGCCCAUGGUGAAGAGCAUGGAGGAAAAUGGUAAAGCUUUAUCCAGACUGCUCGUGGAGGUGAUAGGAGAUCUCCAGCAGUGCCAGAAAAUCUGGAAUAAAUUCUUCAUCAACACCUUGAAGUUGAAUCUCUUCUCCAUCGCCUACCUGGAGCUGGAGAGCCUGGUUGCGGAGCAUGUCCAGGAGCAGCUGCACGAGGUUGACGGCAGCAUGUCCAAGCCCACGGCCGAGAGCCUUUUCCAGCUCUACAUGAACCUGCAGGAGCUCUAUCGGAUGAAGGACUUUCUCCCAAAGAGGGAUGGACCUCUGGCUCUGACCAACUUCCACCAGUGGUUCAAGGAAGCUGUACCCCAGUGGCUGCAGAAGGCCUACACCAUUGCACUGGAGAGGGCACAGAGAGCUGUCCAGAUGGACCAGCUGGUGCCCUUCGGGGAACACAACAAGCACAGCACGUCCACCGUUGACCUGUCUACCUGCUAUGCCCAGAUUGUGAAGACCUGGCAGCAGCUCAACUGGCCAGACCCCGAGGAAGCCUUUAUGAUCAUGGUGAAGCUUGUGGAGGACAUGUGCAAAAUCGCCCUGAUGUACUGCCGGCUCAUCAAGGAGAGGGCUGAGGCUCUGUCGCUGAGCGAGCAGAAUGAGGGCAAAGCAGCCAACAGGCUCUGCAUCGUGGUGAACAACAUCAAGCAGCUGCGUCUGCUGAUCCUGAAGCUGCCGUCGCAGCUGGACUGGGCCCAGCUGGAGCAGCGCACGGGGGCCGUCAUCGACCGGCAGCAGAUCCAGCACACGCUGCACAACCAGCUCGACAGCGCUGUCUCCUGCCUGGAUCACGAGGUCCGGGACGUGGUGCAAGCCCUGGCCACCAAGCUGGAAAAGGGCAUCGCCAGGCACAUCCAGGAGCUCUCAUCUUCCAACGACACCCGGGAGCCCGAGGAC